AAAAAGAAGCGAAGGAGAAGGAAACCCUGAUUACUAUCAUGAAAACUCUGAUUGACUUUGUGAAGAUGAUGGUGAAGUAUGGCACGGUCUCUCCAGAAGAAGGUGUUUCGUACCUUGAAAACUUGGACGAAACAAUUGCUCUCCAGACCAAGAACAAGCUAGAAAAAAAUACUACUGACAAUAAAGACAAGCUUUUUCCAGUGCCAUCGGAGAAGAGUCACGAGGAAGCAGACAGUACCAAGGAGGAAGCUGCUAAGAUGGAAAAGGAAUAUGGAACCUUGAAGGAUUCCACAAAAGAUGCUAACUCCAACUCAGGUGGAAAGACAGAUGAACCAAAAG